CUGUUCCGACAGCGGCGACCAACGCUACACGACAACCAUGGUUUCGCCGGCUUGGAGGAGUGGAUCUCCGAGAUUCUCGAUCACGACUCUAUGUUUCUUGCUGGUUGUGUACUCGAUUCAGCUCCCGGUGGGCGAUUCGCAGCACUCAUGUUCGACUAUGGGUGAAGUUUAUCCUCAGGAGGCGAUUCGCCGAGGAACCCACAACCUCGUCUGGAGUAAAGCUCAAAUUUCGAAACCAGCCCCCAACUUCUCAGCUCAAGCGAUAGUCGAUGGAGAAAUCCGAGAAGUGAAGCUUAGUGACUACAAAGGCAAAUACGUGGUGUUCUUCUUCUAUCCUCUGGACUUUACAUUCGUUUGCCCGACGGAAAUCAUCGCUUUCUCGGAUCGCGUGGCGGAAUUCCGGAAAAUCAACACCGAGGUCAUCGCCUGUUCUGUGGAUUCCGCAUUCACCCAUUUGGCUUGGGUGAAAACGCCUCGAGAAAAAGGUGGUCUCGGAGAUAUCCAGAUUCCCCUGCUCUCUGAUCUCACGCACCAAAUUUCGAAGGACUACGGAGUCUAUCUUGAGGAUCUUGGUCACACUCUCCGGGGGCUCUUCAUCAUCGAUGGAAACGGCGUAUUGCGCCAGAUCACCAUGAAUGAUCUCCCAGUUGGACGUUCAGUCGAUGAGACACUCCGACUAAUCCAAGCUUUCCAAUACACGGAUAAACAUGGCGAAGUCUGCCCCGCCGGCUGGAAACCGGGGAAAGAUACGAUCGUGCCGAAUCCGAACGACAAGCUGAAAUACUUCUCGAAACACACCACAGCCGAACUCUGAGCUGAGCUACCCACAGAACGACACGGGAUCAUCCAAGCUCAGACGGACUUCACGGUAUCGGGAAAUCUAUCAUCACCUUCGCGUUUUCAGGGAAGAAUGAUGAAAACAUGGGCUUCGGAGAAUCUCGGAGAGAUAUGAAGUUCAGCUACGGGGAGUGCUCGUCCCCAGAUCUCAGAUUACGAUAUAAUAAAGACGAAAACAUCGUGAAA